AUGUGGAGGCCAGCAGCGCGAACAACGGGUACCAACGAUGUGCCCAUAGCCAACAAAAGACGAUUUGGUUUACCCGAAGAAGCCCCUCCCCCUUCCAAUCAACCCAUGCAUGCACCUCGACCACCUGCCUCGGAUAUCCAAUACUUCAACGGUCGACAAGAACGAGAUCGACCUGAGAGAGAUGAACAUGCACAAAGGGAUGAUUACGAUAGAAGAAGAGAGGAACCGCGACGUGAUGAUAGGGACAGAUACGAUGAUAGAGAUAGUUAUGGCGGUGGAGACAGGGGUGGUGCUAGAUAUGAAGAAGAUCGUGAUAGAGGAAGGGAAAGAGAUAGAGAUCCAGUAGCUGAAGAUGGACCUCGAAAGAGAAGAUCACGAUGGGGUGAUGCUAAAGUAGAUGUACCUGGUCUUCCCACUUCUAUUACCGGAAAAGUUUCUCAAACCGAACUUGACAAUUAUGCCACUCAUGUCCGUCUAGAAGAGAUCAACCGAAAAUUAAGGACCGGAGAUGUGGUACCACCAGAAGGUCAAAGAUCACCUUCGCCCGCUCCUCAAUAUGAUGCCUAUGGUCGAAGAACCAACACUCGUGAAAUUCGAUACCGAAAGAAAUUGGAAGAUGAAAGAGCGAGACUUGUGGAUAGGGCAAUGAAAUCUGAUCCUAAUUUCAGACCUCCAGCAGAUGCCCAAAAUCAAAGAAGAGGUGGUAAACCAACAGAUAAAGUUUAUAUCCCAGUCAAAGAAUUUCCAGAAAUCAACUUCUUCGGUUUACUCGUUGGUCCUCGUGGUAACUCACUUAAAAGGAUGGAGAGGGAAAGUGGUGCUAAAAUCAGUAUCAGAGGAAAAGGUAGUGUCAAAGAAGGAAAAGGUAGACCAGGAGAUUUCCCCGAUGAUGAACAAGACGAACUUCAUUGUCUCAUUACAGCAGACACUGAAGACAAAGUCAAAUUAUGUGUUUCAAUCGUGAACAGAGUUAUUGAGACUGCUGCUUCCACACCUGAAGGUCAGAACGAUCAUAAACGAAACCAACUUCGAGAACUUGCCUCGCUUAACGGUACCCUUCGAGACGAUGAGAACCAACUUUGUCAGAACUGUGGUGAGAAGGGCCAUCGAAGAUGGGAAUGCCCUGCGCAAAGAGUUUACAGUGCAAACGUCAUCUGUAGACUCUGUGGCGGUGCUGGACAUAUGGCUCGAGAUUGCAGAGGACGAGGUGAUCCAAACCUAACUCAAAACAAGGACACCGCUUUCGAUUCCGAAUAUACAGCGCUUAUGGCUGAGCUUGGUGAGGGUGGUGGUGGUGCUGCUUCUUCAGGUCGACCCGCUGGUGUGAUUGGUGGUGCACCGCCUCCACAAGAUCGAGUGCCUCCUUGGAGAAUUCCAGAAAACUGGCAAAGUCAUGGUCCCGGAGGUCCUCGAGGUCCCCCUGGUGGUGGUGGCUAUGGUGGUCCCCCUCAACAACAAGGUUACCAACAGCAACAAGGAUAUGGUCAAGGAGGAGGUGGUGGAUACGGGUAUGGUGGUGGGGGCGGUGGCGGUGGAUAUGGUCAAGACAACGCUUAUGGUGGUCAAGGUGGUUCUGCGGGUGGUGCUCCAGCAGGUGCUGCUGACCCUUACGCCGCAUAUUACGCUUCAAUGGGCCAACAAGCUCCUACAGCUGCCUAA